AUGACUGCUUUCCCUCUCCUGCAAGCUCGACCAGCUGCUGGGAAUGUGUCGCACCAUAUAGAGCACCCCUCGUCGGCCUCGCGUGAGCCCAGCCAGACCCGCGGGCGUGCGCUGACUGCCUCGUCACGAACCAUUGCCUCGCGCUCCCAGACGCCCGCCGUUAAGGCUGCCAGCAGCAAUUCGAGCCCCGACCGCACCCUGACGACGCUCGAGCGCAAACCCUCGGGCUCGUACGCCCACAACCGCAACACGUCCAUCGUCCACGGCAUCCAGCACUCGCGCAACACCAGCUUCGUCAACUCCCCCGCCACCAGCCCGCUGAGCCCCCAGAUCAUCGCCGCCGCCGCCGGGGCAACCCUCGAUGGAGCCCUCAUGUCGCAGGAAUCAAUAGCCGACGCCUUCGCCGCCAACGGCAUGCAGCCUGGCGCAGGCACGGGGAACGUCUAUGCCGGCGUGGGGCCCCAGGCGGCAUCGAGCGAUGGAAGCAUUCCUCACCGCAAGCCUGAACGGGCGCCGAGUGCCAGAUCCGCGCGAAAGGGCCACAACCACCAUCGCUCCCAGUCGCGCCACCCGCCGCAUCCCCACGAACUCAAGACGGUUGGCGAAUAUGCCCUGCACCACCUCUUCAACUCCUUCAUCAGCCAGGCCGAGCAGAAGAUCAACCAGUGCAUGACGGAGAGAGGCCAGCCCGAGGCCCGGGUAGAGGGUGUCUGUGGACCUGGUGUAGACCCCACCUUCGACCAGCUCAUCGCGGCCCUAGGCCAUAUUGCGCGCCAUAAGCCAAAACCGCUCAUAGACACCAUCAUGCUAUGGCGCAAAGCCAAGAGUGAGGAGGCGUCCAAACAGCGCACUCACCUGCUUACAGCCCGACAAGCCAACCCAGGGCUACAACUCCAUCCUGCGCUAUCUCGACGUAAUACUGAACCGGUCCAACAACUGGAUAAUCCAUCCGCAGCCUCUGUGGCAUCUGGCCCCGACCACAUCGUCGCUCUGCAGCAGACUGUCACGCAAGCCGAACAGCGAUCGACCGUCUCAACCUACAUCCUUUGCCGCGUCCUGAUCGAGAUCAUGACCCAAACCGACCUCCAGAACUUGACUUUUGAGAUGGCCGACCGUCUCCUUGGUCUUUUCUACGGCCAGCUCAGCACGGUGGACCCUGACCUCGUGGACAUUUCCCCCCUCAACCUCGCCAAUUGGACCAUCUACAGCCAACUGCUCGGUGUGCUAAGUGGCCUCAUUUUUGAGCAAGUGCAAGAUAAGUUCAUCACCGACCUGAAGACCGUCGAUGGUCACUUGGCUAUCAAGAAUCAGUACAACCGAGAUCAUGAGGCAAAAGGCGCCUUGCUCAUUCGCGCUCUGAGGCACCUGCAAGUGAAAUCUUAUCCUGAAGACACUUGGGACCGGACAUGUGAUUUUAUGCUCUCCAUGGCCAAGCUUUUCACCAGUGCCCACGGACAGCCGGUCAAAUAUGCGUACUGCCAAGUCCUGAGGGAACUAUUACUACGCAUCACCUCCAAAGCGACCAUUGAACUCAACGCACCUAGAUGGAAGACCGUGAUCGACAUGAUGAAGCAGCGCGCUGCCAUACUGCUGGGCAAGCCGAAACACUGGCACGAAGCCUUCCCACUUAUGGCAGCUAUUCUAUGUGCUUCUCCGACCGAAACCUUUCUCUCUCAAUGGCUUGCGCUCGCCUUGUCUACUCAGCCACGACUCAAAGAGCGCGCGACCAGAGCCAUCGCCCUUCGAGGCAUCUGUCGGCUAGUGUGGACUUACAUAUACAGGCGGGGAACCGAAGCGCCAAACGUCGCCGUUCGCCGAUUGGAAGAAAUCAUACGGAUGGUGUUCCAGCCCGGAAGGCGAUCGUACCUAUCAACUGAGCCCGCCAUCGCUGAACCCUUGAUACAACUGACGCGCAUUAUUGGCUACAAGUACCAAGACCUUUGCUUCAAGACUAUCAUCUUUCCCCUGCUCAACUCCGAAAUGUUUUUAUCAGGCCGAGAAUUGCGCGUUGAAAACCUAGAGCCUGACCGUAUGGUCAUUGGUAUCCGUUCGUUUCUGGCCAUCAUGGCUGAUCUCGAAAACACAGAGCAGCCGCCUUUCCCACUUACGUUCGACUACGAUCCAAAUGCGGUAUCGAACGAGCUCCCUGCUCUUCCUUCUAGUCCGCGGCCUUUACAGCCUCUGCCCAUAAAGUCAAGUCUUCUCAAGGAAGAGCGUCUGUCGCGUCCUGUGAACUUCUCUGGUUUCGCCGAAGUGGCCAAGGAGUACUAUAUUCGCUUCUGUAAGAUCUUGGGAGAGAUCACCAUCAUUUGCGACAACGCAUUCGGAGGCCAGGCCGUACUCGACGAAAAAUUCUCAUCGCAAACACCAAAGACGCCCAUGGCAGCAGCCUUCAGUUUCGCUCCUCGUGAAGACUACAUGACCACUACGGAUCCGCGACAAGGGUUCUAUGACCUCUUGCAUGUCGCGGUUCAGGCUUUACCCCGCUGUCUGUCUCCACAUAUACCAUUCAAUUCACUGGUAAAUCUGCUGUGCACCGGGACAGCUCACGUACAGGGGAACAUCGCUGUAUCAUCCGCUCAAUCACUCAAGUCUAUAGCCCGACAGUCACAUGCACAGCAAGUCACGAUUGGCUUUGCACGUUUCAUUUUCAAUUUCGACGACCGUUAUGCUACCAUGUCUGAUGGUGGCAUGCUUGGGGCUGGGCACAUUGAGAACACCUUGAAACUCUACGUGGAGCUACUAGAGAUAUGGAUUGAAGAGAUCAAGCGCAAAACACGCAAAGCAGCAUUGGAUACGCCAGAUGACGGUUCUGGUAAUCGCGCGGCUCUUCUUGAUCUGUCUUCAGUUUGGGCGCACGUUGACGAGGUUGAGUCCCACGGUCUCUUCUUCUUAUGCUCGCCUUCACGUCGCGUUCGCUCAUACGCUGUUACCGUGCUUCGCCUCAUAACUGAAUUCGACACGGCUCUGGGAGGCUCCAAUACACGUGUCAUCCGGGUAAUGGAGGGCAGUCCCCAGAGAGUGCUCGACAUCAGCGAUGAAAAGUUGUCGUUGGCUGAGCGCAGUCGAUUGCAACGCGGCAUGCGCAAGAGCAAUGUGCAGAGUACCCUUGUUGAGCUUUGUGGUAGCGACGUGCCGUACGACGCUACGUUAUGGUUCAAGAUCUUCCCAAAUCUGGUUCGAAUCAGCUUUGAGGUGUGUCCUUUCGCCGUGACUCUCACUCGUGACAUAGUCUGCGCGAGACUUGCACAGAUGUAUCGCACUCUAUCAUCCCUAGCUGAGGGCCAGCGCUCUACGCCGUAUUCGCCCUUCGAGCCCGGAAGUAGCAAGCUCAGCGGCCGCCUUGCUUCCACAUCACCAGAAGUCGUCAUCGAACAGUGGAAGUUGUACCUCAUAUUCGCCUUCACGACAUUGACAAGUCUCGGCCCGACGGCCACAUCAGCUACGCAAGGAAACCACUCGCGUAAGAGCUCAAAAUCUUCACAGAUAAGCACGAACAAGCAACAUACUGCUACCGAGUUGUUUUCCAAAGUCCUUCCGUUCCUGUCAGUGGACAAUGUCGCCAUCCGAGAUGCUGCGGUCAUCGGCCUCGGUUCCGUCAACCUCAACCUUUACCGUACACUGCUCGAAUCGCUUCAAGGGAUCGUGGCCGCUUGCUCUGAGGAGGCAAAGAUGCGCUUGGGCAAUCACAACCGGACGAUCAGCAGCCCCCGCCCAAUCAACUAUCGGACUGACCAUCUUCGGACUGAGAUUACACACGUGUACAAGCUGACCUCACAGCAAUUUCUCAAACUCCCUGAGGCCCACAAUGACGAAUGGAUAAUCAACAACCUCAUGAACUACACCAAGGAUCUGAGAAUAUUCCUAAGUGAUACGGAAGUUCAACUCGAAGCGCGCUAUCAGAAGCUACGUACGCACUAUUGUGGCCUGGUGGAGGUUCUGUUUGAGGGCAUCAACAAAACCAGUGAUCCUUUGCAUUGGAUGCCUUUCCAAGCCCGAAAAGCUGCAUUUACAUUGAUGGAAGAGUGGUGCGGCUAUGCGGCAAACCAGUCUCAGAUCCGCCAGCGUGAAGAACAGAUGCGCCGUUCCAUGCUUGAUCGAGAGGUAGACAAAAACAACAAAGGCAACGCUACUGCGGCUCUCGAGAUCGAAAAACGCGAUCUUCGAACCGCAGCUCUGAGUGCCAUGGCGGCGUUGUGCGGUGGGCCUGUCAGUAUCACCACUGACAGCAAAGUUCUUCUUCAAUUCGAUGUCAUCCGCAUGCUCUCGUGGAUCCAGAGCAUCUUCGAAACUCCGAGCGACCGGACACACGCGAUUGGUCGCCGUGCACUCACCAACCUCAUACUGCACAACCGCGAGCAUCCAUACUUGCUGGACAAGGCAAUCGAGAUGUGCUACCUCGCAGUUUCUGGCAAAGCUUUGGAAAGCUACUUCGAAGUUGUCACGCAAGUCCUCACACAACACGAGGAUUACACGUUGCCAUUCUGGAAAGUACUCAGCGCCGGCCUUUACACUCUUGGACAUGAGAACAGCGAAAUACGCACCAAGUCAACGCGAUUGCUCCGAACACUUGAAGCUCGCGAGGGCAAGAAUUCGAAGCUGCAAGAUCUUGAUAUCAGCAUUUCUGACAAGACUGUUGCUGUCUACAAGCUGGCACAAUUUGAGACGUCACGGAGACUUGCCAAGCAGCAUGCUGAACUCGCCUUCCUGGUCUUCUCGCAAUUUUCCUACUACUUCAAAGAUCUCAAGCCUGAUCACAAGCGCAAUAUGGUCGCCGCUAUGCUUCCAUGGGUGCAAUCCGUCGAACUCCAAGUAAACCCGGAUGGAGGGCCGACUGCUAACUCUUACAUGCUGCUUGUCAACCUCUUUGAAAUCACUUACAGGUCCGGCAACGUACUGCACAAUGAGAUUCAGGCGCUCUGGCAAGCUCUAGCAACGGGGCCGUACGGUGGAAAUGUUCAGUUAAUCUUGAACUUCAUCAUCAAUCUUUGCCUAGACAAGCGGGAACAAAACUACGUCGACUACUCUAAGCAGAUCGUAGUCCAUCUAUCCAGUACCCCUGCAGGGCUGAAGGUGGUCGAGUUCUUGCUCCUACAGAUCAACCCGCGGUCUAUGGUAAGCGAAAAGCGCGAACCUAUGCCACCACCACCAGACGCCGUCAAUCUCCCAUACUUGGCCGAUCUCACCCAGGUCCUACCAAGUAGCAACAAACAGUCUGGCUUCGCUCUGGGACAGGUUUGCCUCAUCCUGUUGGUUGACCUCAUGGUAUCUCCAGUUGAGGUGGCCAAGGAGCACAUUCCUUUGCUUCUACAGGUGGUCUUGGUUCUUUGGGAUCAUUAUACUUCUGUAGUUCAGGACCAGUCUCGCGAGAUGCUUGUGCAUUUGAUUCACGAGCUAGUCAUCUCCAAGAUUGAGGACGAUACGCCAGGCAUCAACAAAAGAUCGAUCGAAGAUUUCAUUGAGGGCAUUCGACAACAUGAUCCCAAAGUGGUAUGGAGUUACGACGACAAGAAUGGUAAAGACGUUACAGAUUCAACGUUCAAGGUUCCCGAGCCGAUGGAGUAUGUUGCUGGCGAAGUCAUGAGAUUCUUUUCGUUCGCGUACCCUGGACUUAGGGAAGCUUGGGGGCGAGUCGCACUGAAUUGGGCCACGUCCUGUCCGGUCCGACAUAUUGCGUGUCGAUCAUUCCAGCUCUUCCGCUGCAUCCUAAGCUCGCUCGAUCAGCAGAUGCUAUCCGACAUGCUUGCAAGACUUUCCAACACCAUAUCAGACGAGGAGAGCGAUAUACAGACAUUCUCUAUGGAGAUACUUACGACGUUGCGAACGAUCAUCGAAGCACUAGCACCGGAUGACCUCAUACAGUACCCUCAAUUGUUCUGGACCACUUGCGCAUGCUUGGAUACCAUACACGAAGGCGAGUUCAUGGAGAGUCUGUUGAUGCUAGACAAGUUCCUCGACAAGCUUGAUCUGGGUGACGAAGAGGUGCUGGCGAUCCUGGAAGAAAGUUGCCCAGAUAAAUGGGAAGGCAAAUUCGAAGGCCUUGCUCAACUGACGUACAAGGGUAUCCGGUCGAGUACGUGUUUGGACCGAUCUUUGCGAAUCCUGGAGAGAUUGGUGGUCCUACCUCCCAGCCGCAUCGUGGGCGACGAUAGCCGGCUAAUGUACACCAUUCUCGCGAAUCUGCCAAGAUUCCUACGAUCGUUCGACUCUACAGCAAAAGAUUCUAGUGUUCGAGCCACCGCCGAAGUGCUUGCAAAGGUUGCUGAUCAGCACUACCAGUGCACAUCGCUUUCCGAAGCCUUGACAGCCUUCGCAAUGAAGAGGUAUCGUCAAGAGAAGGACUUCCUCGCACAGACAAUGUCCGCUAUCCGCUCAACAUUCUUCCCAGAACAUGAGUUCGGCAGCCUCGUGUUCCUGCUCGGUCUCUUGAUGAACAACAUCGAUUGGAUGAAGAUCAACACAAUGGAAGUGCUCUGCGUCCUAUUACCCGAGAUCGAUAUGCGCAAGCCGGAGAUGGCCUCCAAAGGAUCCGAUCUUUUUUCGCCUCUUCUACGACUACUACAGAGUGCGUAUUGCCCUCAAGCUCUGAGGGUUCUGGACUUCGUCAUCAACCUCAACAUGACUAGUACUCUUACGCCGUUCGACAAGCAGCAUAUUCGUAUGAGUAUGGCGGGUUCUCACUCCACCAGAGGGUACAAGAAACAGUUCGAGAAAACGCAGUCAUUGUACGGUAUCCCUGAAGAAAGCGGCUGGUCAAUUCCGAUCCCCGCUUUGCACUCGCAGUUGACGAGGGCCAACGUCCACGCGGUUUUCUACACCUGCGGAAAUUUCGGGGAGAUGAACGUGCCAGACACCGAAACACCCAAAGUAGAGUUCCGCCAGGAAGAAUUCCCGUUCAGCCCCUUAUCCGACUACCACCGAACAGCGACCAUGACUUCAGAAGAUACUCGGGGCGAUAGUCACAUCGGUGAACUGGUCAUGAAACUAGACAGCUUGGACGACUUCUUUGAGGAUGAUGACGACGCCGAGACAUUGACAGACCUACCAAACUUCUCGUCUUCAGGGCGCUAUGCGAAUGGAUCGUUUGCUCACGAUAUGCGUGAGAAUCUAUACGAUCAGCAAACGGCGCCUAUCCUGCACAAAUCUCUUACGCGGAACGCGUCCGUGACAUCGUUUCAGUCGGGGUUCAUCUCUGAUGUCAAGCUCUCCCCGGCUAGGGACCCCGGUGUCAUGACCCCGGGCGCUUUCAGCUCUUUUGCCAACUCUUCUUCGAGUACCUUACCCCCAACAAGCCACCCCCGCCCUGGUCUGCAUUCCCGAUCAGUAACGUCACCAUCCGCUCCAAACCAACCACAGCGCAUUUCACCUUCGCUCUCGUCCACCACUCUCGACGAACAAAACGAGCCGUUCUCCGACGACGAAUACUCGGCUGGUCGUUCGAACAGCACAGACAAAGCCGGGACUUUUAGUCUGGAGAACAUCAUCAAACCCGUCGCUCACGAUACGCGAAGUCGCUUUAGGAGUGGCAUGCGGCGACUGACUGGCGGCGGCGGAGACAACAAAGAAGGUGCCAAGACAAGAGAUGCGAUCAAACUGGCAUUACAAAAGAGUCCCCAGGUGCCAAAGGUACCUGACAUCUACCUGGUGAAUCCCAAGAGCGCGGAUCUGUAG